UUUUUGCACCAGAAGUGAUCUCCAUGUACAAGAACAUCCUAUAUAGUCCAUGGCAACAGCAGCCAUUGGAACAACAGAAGACGAGAUGAUCAGUCCGAAAAUCAGGCAGCCACCGUCGAAAACGAAGUGCCCGGCGCCAUUUCUAUUGAAAACUUAUGAACUUUUGGAAGAAGAGAAUAAUAAAGUAGUUUCAUGGAAUGAAGAGGGCACUGGAUUUGUUGUGUGGUCUCCUGAUAAAUUUUCUGAACUCGUGUUGCCUAGAUAUUUCAAACACAAUAAUUUCUCGAGUUUCAUUCGACAACUUAAUACCUAUGGAUUCAAGAAAGUGGCAUCAAAAAGGUGGGAAUUCUCCCAUGAGGAAUUCAAGAGAGGAAGUAAGCAUUUGCUUGCAAAAAUCACAAGAAAGAAAAGUGACCCUAGUAUCUUUCCUUCAUAUUUAAAGCCUUCUCAAGAAAUUACAAAUGUGGCCACAAAAGAAAAGAAUGUUAAUCAGCAGCUGCUUAUGGUGGAGAAUCAGAAUUUAAGAAAAAAGAGGCUAGAAUUGCAAAUGCAAAUUGCUCAUUUCAAAACUUUGGAAACAAAAUUGUUGAAAUGUCUUUCUCAGUAUGUGGGAAAUCAAAAAAAUAAAGUUAGAAGGCUUUGUUAGGUAGCUAAGUGAAACUAGUUACUUCCAUCCCCUUAUAUUCACUGACAGUGCAAAAAAUACUACAUUAUCGGUGAAAUUUUACCUUCCAUCGCA